AAAAAGGAGGAGAAAGAAAUAACAGAGAGAAAACCGCCAGCCUCGCAGAAACCAGAGCCCACAAGGAAUAAUAAGAACAAGAAGCAGCAGCAGCAGCUCCGGAGUAAUUUCUCACGUUCAGAUGUAGUUGGAUUACAAUGAAUAACCAGACGAAUUCCGGGAAAUAACUAACGCACAGCGGUUUCUUGCUUUCUUUAUUUUCUUUCCGUUUCCAGGAGCUCCUCCGGUGGUUUCCAGGCUUCCGGGCUGGGCGGUGGUCCGAUCAGUCUUCAUUCUUAUCGCCUCUCGAGUCUUGUCUGCUAUGCCUGUAAUGCUUCAUUCCCUUAUCUGCUGUGCAUUGUUUUUGCCGUGGCUGUUGUUUGCUUUACUUUUUUUUUUUUUCUUCUUCUUCUGUGGAUUGGCUGUUGAGUGAGUUUGAUUCGUUAUGCUUCGGUUUUGAGAAGCUGGAGUUUAGGGUUCUCUCCGGGAUUUUUUUUCGUUCUGCUGUCUUGCUGUAGUUGUUGAUUCGACAUUGUUUCCUUUAGCUCGUCUUGGUUAUCUCGAGUUGGAAUGUGGGAAAUGAGGAAUGUGGACAAGUGUUUUUCCGCUAGAUGGUGGGAACUGGGAACAAGGAUGGCCUGUUCAUUUUAAUUAGUGAUGAGGAGGCUGGAAACUUUUCUGCUAUGCUUCUGGAGUUGCAUUGAUGUUGAAGUGCUAUUGUUGGUUCGUUGCAUUUCUUGAAUGUCCAUUUUUGGUACGGGGAUGCAAUGUGGCAGGUAUGAUAGAGUAGUAGGGAGCAAUGCAAUACAGUACGGUGUACUCGCUUUCUUCCCCGAAAUUGAUUGUUAAUUUGUGGAAAUUUAGAACCUUGAGAGCGAGGAUUUUGUUGCAAUCCCUUGUUUUUUUGAUAAUGGUGAAAUUUUGUUGCAAUCCCUUGUAUCCUUGAACUAAUAUGCGUGAUAGAUUUCGUUUCUUGGAAGCUGGAGGAAACAUGCAGUAGUAUGAGUAAGGUUGAGGUCUUUUGGCAGCUCAUUCCCAAAAACAAAUACAAUCUUAGCAAGCUUUUUUUACAUUGAUUCUGUCCAACCCAUUCUAUGAGAGAAAGUAAUGGUUAAUAGCUUUUCUGGGGUCUAUGAAUCUCGUCCUAUGCUUUCUCUCAGUCCUUAUAUAUCCUUCUUCAUCCUUUUGGGGUUUUAGAGCUCUGAAACCUUGUGAUAUUUCUUUAUUUUCCUCUUCCACUCUGUUUGAUGCAUCAUUUUAUUUAUCCUGGUGUCUGCAGCAUGUUGGUGUUGCUUUGUAAUCUGUUCAUGGCUCAAGAAUUCCUCGUUUGCUCUUAAAGACAAAAGAGUUUCGACAGCUUUGAUGACACACCAAGGUCACUAUCGCGUAAUGCAACAAGUUCCCUAUUCGAAGGCUUAAAUGGCUGGCAGCAAGGUGCUCAUAACAUACAAGCGAAAGCUUUCAUCAUCUGGAACUGGGGCUGUGUACAGAGAUGGCUGCUACGAUUCUCUAUCAGGAGGACCAAAUAAUGGUCAUAUAACUAGAGCAUCAGAACACAAUCAGCAGAUUUUUCCUGGAUGUGCUGUGUGUGGUGUCGGAGGCAACCUUUUGCAGUGCAAUGACUGCGAUCAAUUGUAUCAUCAUCAUUGCAUUGACAGCAUCAUUGAGCCGAAGCAUAUACACAAUGGAGAAAAGUUAAGCUGUAGGUGUGAGCAGCAAGGUUCUUCAGGAAACGAGUCCUUCCGUGGACCCAAUGAAUAUGCAGUUGGCAAUGAAUCUGGUAUAAAGCUGAAGUCAGUAAUUCCUGAUAAUGGUGGCUUUGGCAUGGAAACUUCACGGUGCUUAGAGUCAUUUGAGAAGAGUUCUUACACCCCUCAAUCAUCAAAUGGGAGAAACUGCAAUGUUGAAUAUGAAACAAAUUCAAGUAUCAAGGAGGCAUCAAACGCUGCAGGCAAUGGUUCAAUCUCGACUGAUCUACCCUGUAGAUUACCUUGCCAUUUUCUUGGGGAAUCGAAGUCAAAAUCUCUUAUGACUUUUAGUCGGAGAUGUAAAAAGAAAACUAAAAUUACAAUGACUGAUACAAAAGAAAGUGACCUCCAGGAAUAUGGUCUGUCCCUUGAAAAAUUUAGUAAAUCUGCCUGUAGUGCAGCUUCUCCUAGAGACUAUUAUGCUGGUCCCUCAACGAGCCAAAAGCUUCUGCAGGAAGAACUAGACACGAGGACUUCAUCACAUCAGAGUCAAGAUGAAAUAAAAGUUGAUUCUGCUGACAAAUGGGAAAGAGCCGCCCUGGAGACUGAGAAUUUGGUAAAUGAUGGAGAAGAAUUGCGUGAUUCUGAAAGUGUUUGCAAGGACGACAUUCCAGGGCCUGACCACUUGCUGCACCCUAUUUCUGAAACUGGUAUGGAUAAUAGUGACGCUGCUGAAGAUUAUUCACGGAUUGUUCUGAAGGAUGAUAUCAAAGAUCCUUGUGAUUCUCCGGUAUUAGAUGGUCGGUUACAGAACCAUAAAUGUCAAGAGGAACCUGAGGUCUCUGCAUGCAAUCUUGAGAACGAAAACAUGCCUGGUUCUGGAACAGAUGUCACACAACCGUAUCCAGAUCUCCUUGAGGCUCCUAAAUCUGGUUGUACACCCAACUUCAAUGAGGAUUUGGAAAUCUAUAAGGAUGCUGCUAAUGGUGUUUCAGAAACUCAUCGUGAUUCUCAAGAGUCCAUGAGCAUAGACCAGGCUGCUGUUGCUCAUGAGGUUUCUUACAGUGAACCAGUGGAAAGCUCAAAUGUGAGAGCUGGAGAUUCUUAUCAGGUGCAUCUAAUCACGACUACAAUUGGCAUGCCGACUUCCAUGCAGGAAAUUGUUCCAAACUCAAAAGAUGAAGGGGAAGCUUAUCCUCUCUUCAUAGAAGGUGCGGCCAAAAACAAUUGUCUACAGCUGUUUUCAGAAGAAAGAGGCAAAGAUUCUUCCCCAUUAGGAAGUGUUAAACCAGAAGGAAUUACUGGACCUAUCAUUCUGGAAGAAGUGAAAGUUCUUCCUGCAGAAAAUGGACAUACACAAACUUCUUCCAUAUCAAGCGGUUCUUCAUUGGAUUUGGAUUUAUCCUUGCAUAUGGACCCUAAAUGGGGAGACUAUGCAUCAGGGACACCCUGCCCCCAGUUGCCUCCUUGGAAGUCCAAUGAUGAAAACAUAAGAUUUCACACUGAAGUGCCUGAAGCUUUCCCGAAUGUUGGAAGUUCAUUCCUUCGACAAAGGAUAUUACUGGACAGGAUUGCAAAUAGAGCAAGUCGUUUGCAUGCACAGGGCGGUUUUCAAGACAGGCCAGAUGCUACUUUGUGGUCAGACCAAGAAUUGGAUUCACUUUGGAUAGGUGUAAGAAGACACGGCAGAGACAAUUGGCUUGCAAUCUUAAGGGACCCAAGACUACAGUUUUCUCCAUGGAGAACUUUGAGGGACCUUGCUCUCAAGUGGGAGGAGGAACAAAUUAAAUUACUAGAUGGCAAACAUGCUUCACGAUUCAAUUGGCAUGCAAUGAAAGAGCAGGUUUAUGUACCGGGUUACCCAAGCGCUACACCCUGUUCAGAUAUUCAUGCAGAGAGAUAUGGCAAUGGUGAACUGAGCUGCAACUCAUUGCCAAUUAGUAGCCCUUUCACUUCUUGGGUCCCGAGAGGUAAUCUACCCCACUGGCUAAAAGAAGUGGUAAGCACUCCUCCAAGGCUGAUGGAAGUAAUUCCAACCAAAGUAUUUUCAUCCAUUGCUCAUCCUGGGGUAACACACAUCACUGGACCAUAUUCAGAUUCUUCUGAGACACAUAUUGGGGUGAGAAAUGAAAUGCCAGGUGAGCUACAGCUUUCAGGAGGUGCUUGCUGCUCAGCUGUUCCAUUGGCAACAAGUUAUGGAGUUAAUAAAGCUAGUUUGACUUCAGUGUACCAUGUUAAUAAGCCAGAUGAUGUUGCCACAAUCGAUGAUGAUGCAUCUUCUGAAGAGACGAUAUCCGAUGAUCACGGUUCUCGGAUAUAGUUUUUGAAGAAAGGGCCAUGCAAAUGAGAACUGUAUGAAUGUCUGUAAAUUGAUGCCAGGAGUUAUGUUCUGUACAAUUCUGGUACUGAAGCAAUGUAUAAGGUCGAUGCGGUCACUUUCGCUCAAGAAUCAAGGCCACACUUAACAUCCGAAUGUUAUGUUCAUAAUUUGAUGUAUAUGGUGCAAACCAGUGACAGCGGAAUCAAAGUUUUGUACCUUGUAGAUAGGCGUGUCGUGUCUUUUAUAUCAAUGACAAGUUCCUUUAGGAUGGCUUCUCUGCUGGAUGUAAGGAGUCACAAAUUUAGCAUUAUGGAGGGAGUGACCCGUCAUUAGCAGUGGAAGCAGAUACUCCUGGGAUGUGAGGUUUUCGGUUUUCGUCUCCUCUUCCUUCCCCUCUUCAUAGGAUGGACUCUUAGGUAAGUGCACUGAAACCAGCAAGAGAACACAGACUCCAUUAAUCAUUACUGUCUGCAUGACAUUUUGGUGAUGAUUCUUUGACGGAUCAAAUAAAAAUGGCAAGCUAUAGUCAAUGGUAGGUAUGGUAUGGUAAGCUUCUGUCAUAUACCAUAUUAAAUGGGACAUCAGUAA